CCUGGAUGGCCCGGGUCUGCGGAGCGACCUCCCGCUGCUCAGCGUGCUGGCGGCCUGUCCGCAGGUGCACCUGAUUGCCUCGGUGGACCAUGCGCUCGCCCCAUUGCUGUGGGACUCGGCGGAUGCAGCCCGCUUCAGGUGGCAGUAUAUAAACGCCACCACCUUCCAGCCGUACAUCACGGAGACCGCGGGGAUGCAGUCCGUGCUCAUGGGCGCGUUCAAGUCGGGUGUGGUGAAGGCCAGCGCGGGUACCGUGCUGAAGAGCCUCACGCCCAAGGCGCGGGCUGUGUUCCGCGUGCUUGCGGAGUAUCUGUUGGAGGACGAGGAGUGCGAGGGGGUGGCGCUGGCACACCUGCUCAG